AUGGCUUCCAACUCUCCCCUCGCCCUCGCCCUCGCCCUCGCCAUGUCUAUAUUCCUCAAGCUUCCACGCGAAGUAAGGGAGAAGAAGGCCAAGCGCAUGCUUGCAUCAGACAAAUGCGACGCCGACAAGAACAUGUCCUUUGCAUCCAUCUCUCCUUACAAGGCAGAAGCUACUAUGAUCCAGACGGAGAUCAACCACUCUGGCCUGAAGAACUGCGACUCCCUUGUUUCCGAGGUCGUCCAAGGCAUAGGCAGAAACGGCGUGUCCUUGACAUUGCCAAACGCCCAUCAUCUGACAGAGUUCGGCACGGAGCCUUGUCGUUUCCUCGUAGAGAUUACUAGACACCGUGAGGGCCUUGCAAUCAUCAUUCCAGAAGGCGCUUUGUACUGGAAGAGCUACAAUCUCAAUAGCGAAUUCGAGAUGUACAAGUCCCACGUCAAGAACAUCAAGUCGUUAGUUGAGAUGGCUAAGACUCAAGGAGUCUAUGUCGAGCUUCAGGCCCCUGACAUGACCAUCAUCUGGAAGUUCUCCUCCUCGCCUGCUGAAAUCAUAAGCGUCGAGGUCAUUCUUCCCAUUAUCUCAGAAAAGGGUACGAACAAAAAGAAGAAAGUCGACGGACAAAUUAGUCGACGACAAUUCAGCAUAAAGUACAAAGUAUUCGGAAUUCCCAUCACUUUGGGCGGAACCUAUGUCUCUCGUCUAGACGAGACUCAAUUCAUCCGAUCUGGACAACUCGGUGCUUGCAAGGAGAGCCGUGCUAUUUAUCUGAAGGCUAAGCUCAAUUUCGUCCGACUUUUUAAGAAAACUGGACGCGGAAACAUCUGGUUCAAUGCGGACAUCGACACCAUUGCCAUUCCUCGCCGAACUCGAUUCAACCUCAAUCAACUUCGCCAACGCCGCCGCCCCAAGAUGGUCUUCUUCAGGGGCUUUGAGAACAUCAGGCGAGUCGUCUUCGAAGAAGAGGCGGAUAAGGAGACCACGCUUGGACUGCUAGGGGAACAGAUUGCCAUUGAUUUUGCGGAAAGCAUCGUGGACAUCGAGGAGCAGCUUUUCGAGGUACCAAGUGCGAGUUGUUUUGGGCAAGUGGAGUUGGGGAAGGAGGUUAAUAGAGCGGGUGCAGAUUUGCAGAAAGUCAAUGGUACGGUUUUUAAGGAGGGAGUUGGUGAGGGAGUAAAGAUGCACUUCUUCCCCCUUGGGGAGAAUUACUUGGAGGAUCAGAUUCAUGAGUAUGAAGAGGACGGCGCAUCUACAUAG